CUUCACUUGGAUAAUAAAUGUGAUUCAGACGAGGAAUUAGAAAAAUCUGGUAUGGAUGCAGAAAAGGACAAGAGCAGAAUAAGGGAAAUCAAACAAAGGGAAAAGCAAAUAAGCCAUGCUCCAUCCUGCAGGCAGAUGUUCUAUGGAGUAUGUACUACCGGAAUUCUUAAAUAUCACUGA